UGCUUAAUAGUAUCAAUGUAUCAUGAAUUCAAAUUGUAAACAAUAGUGAAUGGCUACGUAUGGUCGAAUAGUAGAACCAUAAAAAUUGCAGUGGCCGAUCAUGUUUGUGAUUGUUUCAUAAGAUAAGCAUGGGCACUGCUAGAUUUGCGUUCGCCUGCUGGUUUCAGCAUCUUCUAGAAAAAUCUGUCAAACUUAACACUGGACGGCCAACGCAACAAACACAGACCUAAUCAAUCAUCAGCCCAGCCCAAUUCAUUCAUCACUCCACUCGGACGCCAAAACAUUUAUUUGCCGUUAAAUAACCCACGCCGCUCGCAUUAUUGUGGCAGCCACCACCCAGUUCCAAGCCUUUGUCUUUCUCCUCCCGUGCCCGGCCCUCGGCUCCAGUGCUCUGCUCUACCACCACACCAGACACCACCAAUGGAGGCUCCGCUCCUCCUCCCCGUCUCCACCGCCCCCGCUGCCUCAUCCUGCGUCGAUAUCAUCACCGCCGACGCCGCGCCGUCGGGCCCUCCGGCGCCCUCCUCCUCCUCCUCCUCCUCCCCUUCCACCAAGAGCAUCGUGCUCCGCGUGGCGGUUGUGAUCACCGUGGCGUGCGCGUCCCUGUUCGCGCAGCACGAGGCCGGCAAGGGCUUCGCCGUCGCCGUCGCGAACGACGCGCCGCGUGGCAGCGCCACGGCGCGGCGGUUCGACCUGCUGUUCGUGUCCAACGGCCGCGCCGAGCGCGCCCUCCUGCACGCCAGCCGCGGCGUGGAGCGCGCGCUAUUCCCGGACCCGUCGUUCCCGCGCAGGCCGGUCCGCCGCGUCACCGUCCGGAUGGCCGGCCACAACCUCACCGCGGGCGCCACGGUGCACGCCGCGGCGCCCGGGGAGUACGUCGUCACCCUGAGCCCCAGCCUCGUCGCGUCGACCUCGGCCGGCACCGCCGCCGACGCCGUGGCCGCCGCGCUGCGCCGCGCCGUGGCGCGCAUGUGGCUCUGGGACGGCCGCGGCGCCGCACCCGCGCGCGUCACCGAGUCCAUGGUCGAGUACCUCGCGUCCGUCGCGGCGGCCGGCGACGGCACCGGGGACGAGGCGGCGGCAACACCUCUGUCUGCCGUGGACGACCACGGGUGCAGCAUGUCGGCGCGGCUCCUGAGGCACCUGGAGGCGCGGCGCGAGGGCUUCGUGGCGCGGCUGAACCGCGCGAUGAAGGACCGGUGGAGCGACGCCGCCGUGGACGCGGCACUCGGCGCGCCGGUCCGGCUCGCCUGCCACCACGCGGCUGCGACGACGACGACGCCAUUGACCGGGCAGGACGACGACCCCACCGCCGCGCUGGCCGGCUCCACGUCGGACGCCGCCGGUGGGUCCAGCGUGGCAAUAUGAGGCGGGGAAGCACGAGGGCAGUUCUGGUAUUGUACAUGCCCAUGUGCGCCACGGGUCUAAGUAUGUUGCUGUGUAUAUUAAAGUUAAACCACGCCAUUAGCGCCGGCUAAUCUCGGCGGGUGGGCCAUGGCCGCGGCCCUAAUGGUGGCUGGAGGUGAGUGGGUGGUCGCUGUCAUGCAUGAUCGAUAUGGUACCCUCGUAUCGUAGUUUCAUUUCAUUAUGCGCCAUUGUAGAUGCUUGAGCUCCACAGUUGCUUGUAAAUGGAGGUAGUAGUUGUAGUACUAUAAAAAUGAUGUGGUUACAUGCAUGUCAUACCAAACAUGAUGUGAGUAGAUUUUUGCUGGUGACGUGGAUGAACAUGGUGGUUGAUAAUGAUA